UAUAAAUAUAGUGUAACUAGUGUCGACGAGAUGCUCCACCUAAACUGUAUUCAGCAGAUACAUGGAUACUACAUACGCUAACCAACUUCUCCAACCAGUUAUACUUGUCGUCGUGACGUUAAAUAAGUACAAAUAAGCAUAAGACAAAAACUUGCAGAAUCAGCCGAUUUUUUGGUUUUCGUAAAUACUUUACAUCUCUGACCGAGCUCUAGUUUCGCGUUUCGUACAGAAUGCAUAUCUAGCAUGCACUUAUCUGGAGAAGGGGUAAUUAAUGCAGUUAGUGCAGCACUUAUCGUGCUUACUCCUAGUAACCAAUUGUGAGUAGUUUACGUGGUCUACAAAUUGGGGGUGUCCCGCACUGAAAAUCAUUAGGAUAUGCCAGAACCCCCAGCCUCUCAUGAGAGGAGAUGACACGAGGAGCAGCCAGCAACUGAUUGUUACCUGCAAAUCUUAUCACGUGCGUAUCUCCAAUCUCCAUCCAGCUCCAAUUAUCACCACACCGGUGUCAACACACUGCAUUUGCACAUACGUACGGACUGCUCGAAGGAGAUAACAAACAAUUAAAGCCGUAUUUACUAUCGGAGCGUUCAAGAUUUGACAUUUCAUGUCAUCCAGCCAUACUCCUGUCUCUUCAAUGGGCAGCAAUUAUACUUAAAAAGAUAAAUUCAACUGGAUAUCCCAGUGAGUGAAAUGUUUGCAGAAAAGUAAUAUGUACGUUUGCGCUGGAAGUAUUAUUUAUGAAGCAAAUAUUACUUACUGUAUUCAUCUACAUACUUACAUAUUUACCUGCAUAAUGAAUAUGUACUAGUAAUCAACCAUCAAAACACACUCCAACCUGGUACAAAAUUUUACACAACGUUCAAUUACAAUUCUCAUGCUGUGAGUUUCUUGGAUAUUUUGUAUUAAGGGGACUAUUAGUACUUUGAACGUGAAAGUGAGUGAAAGGACUCGUGUUGAACAAGACGAAACUGCACAAAGGGAAAAGUUUCACAGGUAAAGUGAAGUUCGCAACAACAAAAUGUACGAAUGAAUACGGCCGAAAAGUUGGAGCAUGAAAGGCUGCGAAAUAUUGUAAGAAAUUGCAUUACGAAGAAUAUUCAAACUGCUCAACGACCAGCAGCAGAGCCGCAAAGGAUUCAAAGAGAAAAUUGUUGUUUGUCAGCCAAGCCACCAUAGUACAUACUUCUGCUAAUGGCUCCUUUCUCUGAUCCUGUCCAUCAAGCAGACCACCAGCCUUGAGAAAGUUCGCUCAUUAUUGCGAAUAAACAAACUUGCCAAAAAACACCCCAAUCUCGAAUACUUCUACCUGCCUUCGAUUCACUGCUGCCACUCAAUCCGUUUACUUGUCCCUAGCAUUUCUUCAUCCAACGCAAGUGUAACAAUGUCGAGAUAUUUCGAUAUGAAUGAUUAUUCCUGCUAAAUUGACACAUUAAGAUCAAGGAAUCCAUGCCAGUCUCUCACCUCACUCGGCAGAAGCAGCAAGCACCCGUCGACGAGUGUUCCUUAUAAAAUUGUAAAACAAGUGUGUUCUUCUCUUGUUCUCUCCUCUGCUACAUUCACGUCUGCAUUUGCACUACGACUUUCCCACCUUGAGCUGACAUUGCCAUUCAACUAGCCCGAGAUACAACUCUCUCCUUUUCGGAGUGGCCAAGAAAAUCCGAGAAAAAACGGGGGAAAUCGGAGAAAGCGGAUGUUGAGCAUGUGGCCUUCUUCUCGUCCAUGCCAGUGAAUGCAUGCUCGGGUUCUAGUUGCCUCUCAAGUGUCCAACCCACGACGCCACAUGUGCUCCUCCGGUCGCCUGUUGGAUACAUGACCAGUUUCAAAUCUAGCUCAACAAAAUAAAUUGGCGACGACCACAGUGUGUGAGACUGAAUCUGUGAAUUUCGUGGGCCGCCAAUAAGAGUGCGUGACCGAGUGGGAUUAGUAUUACGAGAGGUUGUUUGAGGACAAGUCCAGUUGUGGCGUCCAAAAUGAAGAGGAUGAAGGCCGAGAAGGGUCAGCACCACCACCACCAUCCGCCAGUGCCCCUGCUGCAACUGCCCCACCCGCACCACUCCCUCCCUCAUGAGGAUGGACGGCACUGCUCUUCCCACAACUGCUCCUCUUGUGACCCCAUGGGCAGCAAGCAACGCAGCCCGUCGGCGUCCAUGACCUCAGUCAUUGUGGAAAACUUUAGCUCCUUGGCCGUCAACCCACCUCCCAGCCACUCACAUCCCCACAUGGCCGGCAGUCACAAUGGCGUGUCGGAGGUGGGGAGCAGCAUGGGACCCUCCAUCGACCAUGGCGACAGUCAGAGCCCCACCCAUCAAAAUGGUUCCUCCUGCACGUCGCCCAACGGUAGCAGCGUCUCCCCGAACGGUCACGGCGGCCCUCUGCUCGGCAUGUCCAACCAGUUCUGUGCCAUUUGCGCCGACAGAGCCACUGGCAAACACUACGGAGCGUCCUCCUGCGAUGGGUGCAAAGGUUUCUUCAGAAGAAGUGUCCGAAAGAAUCAUAUCUACACUUGCCGGUUCAACCGGAACUGCGUGGUGGACAAGGACAAACGGAACCAGUGUCGGUACUGCCGCCUACGAAAGUGCUUCAAGGCGGGCAUGAAGAAGGAAGCCGUACAAAAUGAGAGGGACAGGAUUAGCUGUCGACGCCCUAGUUUCGAAGACAGCCCCGUCUCCUCAACCACCGCGCUCACCGUGUCCAGUCUGAUUCAAGCCGAUGUUCUCUCACGACAAUCAGCAAACAACGUUGAGCAAGCCCCACCGAGUGACUUGAACUGCAUCAGGUCGAAAAAGGUUGCCACAGUCAUUGACAUCUGCGAUUCCAUGAAGAUGCAACUCCUCGUCCUUGUCGAGUGGGCCAAGUACAUUCCGAGCUUCUGUGAUUUACGCUUAGAUGACCAAGUGGCCCUACUGCGAGCGCAUGCGGGGGAGCACUUACUGAUGGGAGUGGCUCGCCGAUCAAUGCAUUUGAAAGACUACCUUUUGUUAGGGAACGACUUUGUGCUACCCCGACAAGCUGCAGAUUUUAGCCUCGUCAGUUGUCGCGUCACAGAUGAGCUUGUGAAGCCCUUCAGAGAAAUAAAUAUUGACGACACAGAGUUUGCUUGUCUAAAAGCCAUCGUUUUCUUCGACCCCAACGCAAAGGGGCUCGGAGAUCCUCACAGGAUCAAAACCUUGCGGCUGCAGAUUCAGCUGCUGCUGGAAGACUACAUCAGUGACCGACAAUAUGACUCCAGGGGUCGAUUUGGAGAACUAUUGCUAACAUUGCCAUCACUUCAGUCCAUCAGCUGGCAAAUGAUUGAACAAAUUCAGUUUGCCAAACUAUUUGGAAUUACCAGAAUUGAUAAUUUACUCCAAGAAAUGCUCCUCGGAGAGCGAGAAGGUACAAAUGGUGACGGGGGGACGAAUGGGAAUGGGACGAUGAGUGACCCUGAGAACCAGCAGAAUCUGGCACCCCCGGCCCUUCCCCCCUCGAGCAGCUCCAACUCUGGUCUCAUGACACUUUCGGACGAGGACUCGAUCGACCCUUCCUACGUGGUCAGUCCCACCUCUGCAGCCUCACAUCUUGCCAUGGGAUUCAAACAGGAACCUCUGCUAGAACCUGAUCCCAGAUUUGCUUAAAAACUUAACCAUCCUUCCGUGACAAUCCUACAUUAAAGUUGGAAUUAACUUAAUUAUGGCUAUAUUUUAAUAACAAUAAUGCAUUUUUUAAUGCGACGGCCAGCUUCUCUCUCAUAUAAUCAUACUUUGUGAAUACGUAGUUACUUAAUUAGUCGUAAUAAGUAGUUUUGUAGACUAAGUAUAUGUAGAAACUACAUUUUAGCCAACUUGACUUCUUUUUUGUUGUAACAUUUUACGUAGAGAUUUCUAAUGUAACAGAUUUUAUUAUCACAAAUUACCUAUUUUUUGAUGAGAGUUUUAAAUUUUGGCAAACACGUUGUGCUGUAGAAGAAGAAGAAGACUGUUGUUUGUGUGCGGUGAAAGUUUCAUAAUAACUUUUACUAUAAUAUAACAGUGCAAAAUUAGAGUUAACUCAUUAAAAAGAUUAUAAGUAUUUAGGAGUUGGGGGCAGCUUAACUAUAGUGGGGCCUAGUAUUCCUUUUACUUAAACUUCUCAUGCCAGUACGCCAUAGGUUUACACGGUUCAAAAAUCUACCGUAUGUAUACUAAUUGUACUUGAAAGACGAUGUUUAAAGAUACAUAAGUAAUUUGAUCAACAUUCUGUGACAUUUUGCAACGUCAUCCAGCAACAGCGUUCCAACAAGUACACACACAUCUAUUCUUAUUCAAGACGUUCGUCAAAAUUGGUCCGUCGUGUAACUCCUAACAGCGGUGCUUCUUGCUCUUCGUACAUAUUAUCAAAGAAACCUGGAAAUGUUAUUUAUUUUAUUCAGUCUGGAAUUAAAUGUGAUGAUGUGUGAUGAUGAGUGAAAUGAGAGUAAGUGGCUGCAUAAAUGCCAACCACACAAAAAAUUUAAGACUGCUAAAAUUGCUGUACAUUUAACCUAAACACAUAUAUACAUGAUAAAUUUAUACAUAGUUAGUUAUGAAUUAAUAAGUUAAAGUUUUCUCACUUUUCUGUUAUUUCAAAAGUCAAUAUACACGAGCACACAUGCCGAGGAGUCAAAUGGCUUUAUAAAAUUACUUAUUUUUCAACACUUUGGUCUGUACAAAAGAACGUUCGAGCACAUUUUAUUCGGGACAAGAAUUACGAAUGGAUUCAUUUCUUAUGAAUGUGCGUGUGAGUAUGAGAACAAUUUGGAAUAAGGGACUGUGCAGAAAGCAUACUGGAUUGGGGGGGGGGGGUCAAAGUACAUACCCGAUGUUAAUUAUAACGUGGGGUAUGGUCACACCAAGCGGUGGGGGCCAAAAUUCCCCGAAAAUCCAUCACAUGCUUUAUGUAAUUGUGAGUAACAGUGUCUUCUGAGUGAUUGACUGACUGAAUGUGAUGGCCCAAGUGAACAUUUUCGAAUUAUUACUGACCAAAAUGAUAUCGUGCAAUUAUGGUGAUGUAUUAUAUAGUGAUGUGCAUUUGCAUCGUCUGACUGAAUGAAUUGUGAAUCACCAAGAGAUCAACCAAGCAUUUUUCUAAAACAAAUUAUUAUGGCUUCGUCAACCAUAAAUAUAACCAAUAAUUGUACAUAACGUUAUUUUACUAUGUUGUCGAAUUGUGUAGAUGUAGUAUGUUUUGGAAGAGUGGACUUGUCUACAAAAAACUCGUGUCAUUAAAUUCAUGUCUAAAUCUGGCAACAACAAUCAAACUAAUGCCUCCAAGAUAUUUUUAUAACUCGUGCAAUGAUUUUUAAUAGCUGAUUACAUAGACUUGUUGGUGUUGUAGUGCUUUCAAAUUCUCAAAAUAACAGAGUCUCGAUAAUUUGUGCUCUACAUAGAUAAUCAAUUUCAAAUAUACGAUAUGAACUUAAUUUGGUCAAAUUGCUUGUCAGGUGGCAACUGGUGAGAGCUGUUGGCUAGCAGUAGACAACGAGGAGGCAGAUAGCGACUGACAUUAUUGUAGAAAAACUACUACAGUAGAAAACAAAAAAUAAAUUGUAUUUCUUAUUUGAAAACGA